AUGGAUGAAGAUAUGAUAAUAGAUUCAUUAAAUGAAUCAUACGACUCUUUUAGUGAAAGUAUUGACGAUAGUGAUACUGAUGUGUUAUUUCAAAUUGAAAAUGAAAGUAAUAGUGACUUUGAUGAUUCUACUGAAGACGAGGACGAGGAGGAUCAUUCAAUUUCUGUACAUAAUAAUGUUCAACCACUUCAACCCGCCUGGAAUAUAGUUUCAGGUAAUAAUCAAAAACAUUUCAACUUUAUUGGAAACUCUGGACCCUUAGUUAUAUUAGACGAAGGUAGUGGGCCUAUAGAUUUUUUCAAAUUAUUUCUUACCGAUGAAAUAAUUCAACUACUGUACUACUGUAAAUGUAGAUAUUUUUCACUUUAA